AAAUGGAAAACUGAAGAGAUGUACACCUUAAUAAUAUUUGCCUUUGAACAGCUGGUAAUUUGUGCUUCUGGAGAUAUUUUAAAGGUAGAUGGAGAAGCCAAUUAUUCAUGGCAAUCACUGAAUUCUGUUCCAAAACUUUUCCAGCCAAAACUAAAAAUAAUUGAUUUAUCACACAACAAUUUAAGUGAACUUACAAGUGACAGCUUUCCUCAAAUGGAUGAUUUAAAUAUGCUCAAAAUAUCAUUCAAUAAUAUAAAAUACGUUGACAUUAACACUUUUAACUCCACCAAAAACCUGCAGUGUCUUGAUCUGUCAUAUAAUUUAUUAUAUGAUAUUUCAUUAACAUUUUUGAUGCAUGUUUAUAAUCUUAAAUACCUUAAUAUUUCACAUAACAAAUUUACAGUUUUGACUCUUAGUACUGUUUUUGUAUCUUUGGUAAAUCUUGAAAAUAUUCGUCUAAGUGCAGAAAAACUUCAAAAUCAUGACUUAAAGAGCAUAAGCAGUGUCUGGUUAAAAAACAUUUUUCGAGGAUUAAAUAAACUUAGUGAAUAUGAGUAUGACAAGACAGAUGAAGUGGAAAUCAUGUUAAAAAAUAAACACAAUAUUAAUAUUACAAAAACGUCCAAUAUUGCUUUUGCUAUAUAUCAGAUCAGAAAGAAUCAUACAUAUUAUAGCCUUUCUCUAAUUCAAAUGAAUUUGACCUGGAAUGACCUCCAGUAUAUCAUUAUGAGAUCAGAUAUUAAAUACCUAAAUUUAUUCAACUUGACUAUAACUGGGAAAAUUUUUAAUUACUUGAAUUUAAACCAGACACUUCCACUAAAUGCAUUUUCACUUGACAAUGUAGCAAUGGUAGAUUACUUUUUUAGUCAGCCAUUAUUCUACAAUUUUUUUCUUCAUAUUAAGGCAAAGCAACUGACACUUGCCAACGCUCCUCUUGUACACAUGACAUGCCCUAAGAUUCCCAGUAUGUUUCAAUAUUUAGACUUCUCCCACAAUGCUUUCUCUGAACAUGUGUUUUCUAGUCAAGGUAAUAGUGAUUGUAAAACAUUUCCUGUUCUUGAUACCCUUAUCCUAAAGGGUAAUAAACUGAUGCAACUCCAUCAGCUAAGCUUUUCCACUAAGUAUAUGAAAUUGUUAAAACACCUUGAUGCCAGUUCCAACAUGCUUAUGUAUGAAUAUGAGAGAUGUGAGUGGCCAGAAAGCUUAAUUCAUUUAAAUUUAUCUUCAAAUAACCUUUUAAACCUGGUUUUUAAAUGUUUGCCUAUUAACAUACAAAUUUUGGACCUACAGUUCAACCAAAUAACCAGCAUACCAAAAGACAUGGUAUUUCUGAAAAAUUUAAAAGAGAUUAAUCUCUCAUCAAACAGAAUAUUUAAUAUCCCAGAUUGUACACAUUUUCAAAGUGUGGAAUUUCUCUUUUUGAGUAGCAAUGUCUUAAAGACGUCAUCAUUUAAUUUUCUUAGCAGCUGCCAAAUGCUAAAACAGUUGGAUGUUAGCAGUAACCCCUUUUUGUGUGAUUGUAAUUUAAGACGGUUUUCCCAAAUGGUGAGUAAAUCCAGAAUUACAUUGCUUGGGUGGCCUGACUUGUACAGCUGCAGUGAACCAGAAGCAUUGAAUGGAACGUUGUUGGAAGAGUUUCACAUGUUUGAAAUAUCAUGCAAUCUAGCUCUUCUGCUUACAGCCAUUCUCAUUCCAUUAAUAGUGAUUGUUAUUUCAAUAGCAGUGCUGUGUAAGCAUUUUGACGCCCCUUGGUAUCUACGAAUGAUGUGGCAGUGGACACAAACAAAGCAGAGAGCAAAGACAAAACAGAUAUUAGAAACCCGACGAGAUCUGGCUUACAAUGCUUUUGUCUCCUAUAGUCAAGAUGACUCUAGUUGGGUCAAGGAGUAUCUUCUUCCAAACCUGGAAGAGAUGGGCAAAUUAAAGAUAUGUUACCAUGAAAGGAACUUUAUAGCUGGAAAAAGUAUAAUUGAAAACAUCAUUACCUGCAUCGAAAAGAGCUACAAAUCCAUCUUUGUUUUAUCUACCAAUUUCAUCAGCAGUGAGUGGUGCCAUUAUGAACUGUACUUUGCUCAGCAUGAGCUAUUGUCAGAAAGCAGUGAAAAUUUGAUUCUGAUUUUGUUGGAGCCCAUUCAUCAGCACAUGAUUCCAUCAAAAUAUUAUAAACUCAAAGAUCUAAUGUCAAGAAAGACCUAUAUGGAGUGGCCUCAAGAUAAAAACAAGCAUAAGUUAUUCUGGGAUAUCCUGCGAUCAUCCAUAGAGAUCAAUUUACCAGAAAUUAAAGAAGUUCAAUAAGACAUAGAGCCAAACUAGAUAUGAAUAUGUGUAUUUUUUUAAAUGUUUAAAUAGAAUGUAUUUGCUUUCUUGUACUAUUUGUCUUCCAUAUUACUAAGAUUAUGCAUUGUGCUUUAUGCUGCAAAUAUAGUAAAACAUACGUAAAAAUAAAAUGGUUAAAAAGUAUUGCCGUUAAAUAAUCACUUUUAUUUAGCUAAAUGUAAUUAGUUGACUAGAUACCUGCAAUAUAUUUCUCCUUUUUCCUUCCUAUCAGCUUUAUUCCAUUUAGGAAUUUCAAUUUUGACAUUCAUACUGAUCAGUUAUGCUUUAUCAUGUUGUGGUCUGGAAGAUUAUUAAAAGGAACUUGGCCAA